AUGGGAAAACCCUAUGGUAAAGUUGAUGAAAGCAAGGAACCCCAAGCACUCAGAAACUCUCAUCUUCUGACAGGCAUCAAGACCUUCAAGUUACUCCAUCUCCAAAGGAACAAUCACUUCAAUGUGUGGACAACUGUCUUUCAUUGUUCGUAUGGAGUCGGUCGCGCGAUGACUUUUAUUGGAAUGAAUUUGAUUGCUGAAUCUGUGAAAAAGGAUUUCGAAGUGACAAUUGGUGACGAGUGA